UAUCGUUCGUGGCUGUGCCAAAGGGAGAGAGAACCUUGGCAUCGGCGUCCAUCAGUAGUGCGUGCCGGGAGACGACGGAACCGAGAGACACUACACUCCGGCAGUAGUUUCCUCGCAGUGUACCGACUAUCACAUCGGAAUCGAUCCUCUGAAAAACACCAAAGGCCACGCCAGCUGGUCCUUUCGACGAUUUACAAUCCCGUCAGGGAAUCCAUUAUAUUACGUGUAUAUAUAUAUAUAUCGUAUACAGUCUUCUUGUCUGCUCCAAGAGCAACGAUCAUCCUGUGACUCUCCUUCUUUUAUUCGCUCACUUUUCUUCAACCGUAAGAGUCGAUAAGGAACCUCGUGUUAGGAGGACGUCCUUUGACCAACAGGGCGAUUCAGGUGGCGACGAUUGGCUACAGUGUGAUUACAUCGUGAAUCGUUCUACUUGGUGGCAUUCUUGGUUCCCUCGCGGGAUAAGCUCGUGUCGAGGGAAACAGAUUUCGGUCUCUACAGAGAGACUCUCGGCGAAUUCUCUUCGCAACAGAGUAAUCGAGAAUUUGGAAGGAUGACGGGCAUCGUGGAGUGGUACAAAGAGAUAAUGAUCAACAAAAGUGAUCCCAGGACGAGGGAUUGGUUCCUGACUUCGGGAUUGGGACCGCUAUCGGUAAUCCUCGUUAGUUACGUCUACUUCUGCACGUCUGCCGGGCCUAGGUACAUGAAGGACAAGAAACCGUACGAACUUAGAAACGUCAUGAUUGUGUACAAUUUCAUUCAAGUGCUGUUGAGCAUGUAUCUCGUUUACGAGGGAUUGAUGAGCGGAUGGCUCUACGACUAUAAUUACUACUGCCAGCCUGUCGACUACUCGGACAAUCCACAAGCAAUGAGGAUGGCAAGAGGAGUACACUUUUACUACAUGUGCAAGCUGAUAGAGUUGUUGGACACGGUAUUCUUCGUUCUCCGGAAGAAAAACCGUCAGAUCUCGACGCUCCACAUAUAUCAUCACACUCUGAUGCCGAUUUGCGGCUUUAUCGGAUGCAGGUUCCUGCCAAACGGUCACGGUACCAUGUUGGGUGUCAUCAAUUCGUUCAUCCACGUGAUCAUGUACACGUACUACAUGCUGUCGUCGAUAGGACCACAAAUGAACAAGUAUCUAUGGUGGAAAAAGUACCUGACUACGUUACAGCUGAUCCAGUUCCUCUUCGUCUUCGUGCACAGCGUCCAACUGUUCUUCAACGGGUGCAACUAUCCGACUUUUAUCGCGUUCCUACUCACGCUUAAUUCGAUAGUCUUCAUUUACAUGUUCGGCUCGUUCUACGUCGAGAAUUACUUGAAAAACGAACGACGAGCAGCAGCUGGAAAGACAAGUAACGGUGCGGUUCUGAACAAAGCGGAAUGAGUUUGGUGAAAUUAUACUUUGAAUGUUCUUCGUUCGUUGUGCUUUGCUAUGAAAGAACGAUCAUGUUUUUCUUUUAAGUAUUUAUAGAUCUCUCUAGCGUGAAAAGAAACAAUUUAAAUGGAAUAUUUAUUGCCGGCUUGGGAAAUUUCAUAUUUCCCGCCUGGAGAUAUUCGAGAGAGAGAGAAAGAGAGUAUUAACAGCGAGAAUGAGAUUGCCUGAUCUCCGUGUUCCUCGAUGGGAAAGAAUGUACAUUUCUAUUUUACGCUUUUGUUUUUAAAUUACACAUUACACAAGAACGAAACGUUCGUAAGGUUUUUUUUUUUUUUAAUGUUUCCACUCCUUUUGUAAUCACGCGUGUGUACUUUCCGCCGUAUUAUCGUUAUCGUAACGCUUGUCCGAAGGUGUCGAUAAUGCAGGAAUCCUCCGAUCGUACGUCGAACGGAUUACCGAUCGAUCUCAACGAACAACUUUGCUCGUCGGAUACGACAGAACAGCGAUCUACUUUAA